AUGGGCAACGAAAACAUCAACCGCAGGGACGAUUCAACCCAUAAGAACUGGUCUGAUGAUGAGAGCAACCCGUUCGUCGCCUUCCGGCGCUACGCCGAUGAGCAGGUCUCCACCAUGCUUCAAUCUAUCACAGGCCUCCCUUCAAUGCUGACGCAACCUCACAACGGCCACUGGGAUAUAUUUGUGGAUAACCACGGCUAUGAUAAUCGGUUGAUUCGCCAAAGAACCGGUGAUACUACGAACAGCUAUCCAGACCGCGACAGUGGUGGUUAUCUGAGCAACGGAGAUGGAGAUGAUCCACGCAAUGGAAAUCACUCACCGCGCUGGCCUGAGAACGGUGAUUCGUCACACUCUCAAUCCCAGAGAAAGUCAUGUAAUGGACCGUCCGACUUCUUUGGCCUCGAUUCCUUCUUCGACCGGUUCUGGCUUGAGGACCGCUUCUUCCCCUUUGCAUCGCAACUCCUACACUCCGGCCACAACCUUCUCGUCCGAGAUAUGUUCGAGGACACUGACUCGCCAACCUGGCCGAUCGCGUAUAUCAUGUUCAGCCCGUACUCGCCUCUCCAUCUAGAACAACAAGCAUAUUACCAAGCACACCGUGAAAAGGGUGUUUUCUCAUCUAUCAUGUCCUCUUUACAUCUUAACUCCGACCGUGAUCCAUCCGAACCACAGUGGCGGGAAGCCUUCGAGGAUUUACUUCGACUCGAGAACGAUAAGCCGAUGCUCGAUCGCAAUGCCUCCGUCACGAGAUCCGAGGCCGGAAAGGAUUGGAUACAAGGGCUUGUGAAAAGAGGCAGCUUGGGAGAUAAGUGGAAAUUUGUGAACGGCAGAGAGGGUCAACCUUGGUCGGGCAUCACGUUCUCCGGUGCAGGCCCAGAGCAGAACCAGUCUCGCUCUUGGUCUUUACCCGAGAAAGAGAAGGAAUCCGCAGAUACGGAGGCUGUUAGCGAGCUGGAUCUGUAUGAACGCUUCUUGCACGAUAUCGAAAAUCGCGAACGUGAGUUCUUCCGCGGUGCCUCCGAAAGCCCUCUUCUGCGUCUCCUCCUUGAGGAGCGACGACAGCAACAGGAAGAACUUGAGAAAUAUAGACGCAGCCCUUCAAGGUUUGAUGGGCACAGCCGUGAUGAUAAUGAGAAUUGGAUCGAUCUUGUGUCUGGGGGAAACAAAAAAUCAGUCCCUGAAACAGCCAAGGAUUUGCCGACCGAGAUCGAUACCAAGCCAACUGAAGUUGUCUCGGAAGAGCAGCCUCGUAUCAUCUCCACUAUGACUCGAACGGAACGUGUGCGGCUUCCUGAUGGCUCGGUUGAGAGCAAGAUUGUCAACACGAAGCGUUUCGCAGAUGGCCGAGAGGAAAGGGACGAGUCUGUUGAGGUGUCUCAUCCUCAGGAAGGUUACAAGCCUGAGUCCGAUACGUCGAAGAACGGUUGGUUCUGGAAAGACUAG